AUGUUUUUCAAUGGUAAACCUAUUUUUGUCAUUAUUGAUGCUAGUCAAGUGGGACUGGGAGCAAUAUUUUUGCAGCAGCAGGAUGACGAAGAGAAAAAGCCUGUCGCAUACAUUAGUAAAACACUAAGUGAAGUGGAGCGUAGAUAUUCCCAGAUAGAACGGGAAGCUCUAGCCAUUGUCUGGGCAGUGGAGCGUUUUCAUAAUUAUCUAUAUGGUAAUCCAUUUACAAUACUCACUGAUAACAAACCGUUGUCAAGUAUGUUUCGCCCGGACUCUAGGAAAAUUUUACCUCCACGAAUACAACGUUUAAUUUGGAGAUUAUACAACCGUGUAAAUACGAAAUCAGACACGUGGCACGCCGAAAUAAUAUCGCUGAUUCGAUAUCCCGAUUGCCUGCCGGGGAUAGGGAGACUUCUUGUCUUUCGGAAUUUUGUGAUGAAUAUGUUCGUUUUGUGAUGGAAACAAAUAACGCUGAUUUAGGAGUAAUUUCUCUCUCGGAUAUAAGACGAGAGACAAAGAAAGAUUCUGCUCUAUCUAAAAUAUGUGAAUGUGUUAAGAGUGGAAAUUGGUUGGCUUAUGCCAAAGACAAACAGGUUAUGCUUUUGCGUAAUGAAAUAUCAGUUCAUGAAGACAUACUUCUCAGGGGAAACCGGAUAGUUUUACCUCUGUCACUGCAAAAUGAUAUUUUGAAGUUAGCACAUGAAACCCAUAUGGGUAUUGUCAAAGCCAAACAAUUGCUUAGACAAAUGUUUUAUGGGGUAGGAAUGGAUAAGGAUAUUGAGCAAUUAGUUAUAAGAACUGCGACGUUUGUAUAAUCAAUCAGCCAUUAAAUGCAAAUGUGCCUCUGCAAAAUGUUGCAUUACCUGAGGGCCCAUGGAAAGGGUGCGCAGUAGACAUUGUAGGUCCGAUUGAUGACAAAUAUAUAGUCACGUAUAUUGAUUACUAUUCUUCUUACCCGGAAGCGGUCGUUGUUACAGAUAUUUCUAGUCAAAACAUCAUUAGAGUUUUGUCCUCGAUAUUCUAUCGAUUUGGGUAUCCGGAAGAAAUCGUCUCUGAUAAUGGCAAACAAUUUGUAAGUUCGAAAUUUCAGAUUUUCCUUAAAUCUUGCAGUAUUAAACAUGUGCGAUGUAGUCCAUAUUAUCCCAGAAGUAACGGAAAGAUCGAGCGUUUUCAUAGGUACCUUAAAAAGAAUUUAAAGUCUGUCGUAGCGAAAGGCAAGUCGUGGGAAGAUUCGAUGAGUCAAAUACUCAUGGCUUAUAGGUUUACUCCUCAUUCAGGAAGCGGUGAAUCUCCAGUUAAAUUAAUGUUUGGCAGAGAAAUUCGAGCAAAGUUGCGGAAAUUGAUUUGGAAUGUGGUAAUUCAAAUCGAAAGAUAAUGUUCACUUCAAAUACAAAACUUAUCAGGCACGUAUGAAAAAAUAUCAUGAUAGGAAAUGGCAUGUAUACGAGCAUAUAAGUUCAAUGUAGGAGAUAAGGUGUUCAUAGUAAAUAGAGCACAAGGUAAACUUGGAUCGAAGUUCUCGGAUAUCCCAUAUGCUAUUAAGGAGCGG